CACAAACGUCGAUCAAUCCCACCAUCCCAUUCACCCGCCCCCUUCUUCUUCUUCUUCUUCUUAUCCUUCUUACUCUUUGCAUCCAUCCUUCCCUAAAAAUUCCCAAUAAACAAAAUGAUGUUAGCCACUUACAAUUGCGGAUGCCCGCCACCGUCGAAACUUCCAUGCUCGCCUUGCUGCGAAACGGCAAAUCCCGAAAAGAUAUCGUCCUCCAAAAAUCCUGCCGAUUGCCUCGAAAGCUCCUGUUGCCAGAAACGCCCGUUGACCCCUGUCGUCCCUCCUCCUCAGCCGAAGAUAGAAGAGCCACCGCCAUGUUGCCCCGUGAAGCCUUCAAGUAUGUACGAAUUCGAGAGGCCUAGCAAACUUCGCUCGGACAUCGAGGAGAAGGGUUUACCGUACAAGCAGAUGGAAGUUAUGAUCAACAACAACAAAGUGGUGCUAAGAACCCAGAAGGAGUACAAGAAGCCGGAAUUCGAUCCGCCGUGCGACUGCGUCGAGGACGCGCAACCGAAAGUGGAAGAGGAGGACGAGUUCGACAAGCCCCAGGUACCCGGCAGUAGGACGGUCACGCUGUACCCGAAGGCGAAGGUCGGCGAGGUCGUCGAGGGGAACUCGAAGAAGAAGGACGAGGCGCACAAGGAAAAAUGCGAGAAGGAGGAGAAUCCGAAUUUAUUCAUGUUCAAGAUGAAGAAGAUAUCGGACGUGGGCGAUAAGGAGGUUCAAAUAGACUUUCAUUUCAGGGUGGCCAGGCCUUGGUCACUGCAGAAGCGCAAGGAGAUAGAGGAUCAGAUAAAGAUGUGGGAAAAGCCUUUGGAGCCUGCGGUGGUGAAGGAAGAGGCGAAGAAAGUGAAGAUUACAAAACCGAGUAAAUCGAUUAAGAAGAAGAAGAAGAAGUGAAGUUUCCGUACCGUACCAUUCAUAUUCCUCCAUAAUUUGUAAAUAGAACCAAUCAUCGAAUAAAAUGUAACUGACAAAAAUAUCUUUUUAUUUCGAUUGGGUAUUUU